AUGUCUAUCGCUGUUACAGCAAAGAUUUCACAAAACGCAGUUUUCUUUGCCGGCGAACGAUUUCGCUGUGAGAUUACUUUCACAUACCUUCUUCCUAACGUCGAAAGAUUUUCCAAUGAUGUCAAAACUCAUUCGAAAUCCAACAGCGACACCAAAUUCCAAGGAAGGAAAACCUCAACCAGACAAAUGUCAAAUGGUAAUCCACUGUCCGUUAUAGUGGAGAAUCCUUCUAUUCAGAAUAAUAUUGCUGGAGAUCUAGACGACUCUGGAAUGUUUGGCUUUCGUAAUCUCGUCAGGCGUUCAGCAACUUUGACUGCAAUUGCAUCUUCAACAUUUUCGUUGCUAUCGUUAAGUGGGGGGGAAUCAUCCGUUCCGUCGAAUUCCAACGAAACUUCACCUCAAACCGUUCAAAAAAUAAAAGGCGAGUCAUUCUCCUACACUGAAAUUGAAGAGGUUGACGGAGACGGCGGACUAAUUAACUUGCAACACGCCGAUGCUAGCGAUACUGUUUCUGUUAGCGAUUAUGACACAUCUGAGUCAACACCAAGGAGUUCUGUGGACUUUUAUGGGCUUGGUUAUUCUGAAAGAAGUAGCAACACGUGGGGUGGGUCAAUGUCAGAGUAUAAAAAGCAUAGUACAAGCAGACAUUCAUCUUCUCCUUCUCUUAUUCAAAAGUAUGAAACGUUGUUAUGGGGGUUUGCACAAAUAGUGGGACAAUUCAUGGUUGAUAGUUCAUUGGUGAAGUCAAUUGAAUUUGAACCAUUAAAAACAAAGACAAUGUAUCGACCAGCUGUUGGGGGUGUAGCAGGAGGUGCGGUUGGUGGUGGCACUUUGGGCAUAUCAAAUUCGAUGCAUCUAUCAAGUUUACAAGAUCUACAAGAACGUGCAGACAGUAAAUCUAUACCUGUUUUUUCUACACCGCCUUCGAUUCUAUUCUGCGAUUUACAUUUGGCUCCGGGGGAGACUCGAACUUACACGUAUGAGACUAGGUUACCGACCGAUUUGCCUCCAUCGCACCGCGGUAAAGCAAUUCGAUUUCAAUAUAAUUUAAUAAUAGGAACUCAUCGAGGAGGGUUAAAUCAUCAAUCAAAUAUAGUUCAAAUGCCUUUCCGCGUCUUCAACUAUGUUUCUGAGGACGGGUCACGCCCGGUUUAUGACCUGAUGAACCCAGUCAUAAUUUACAAAGAUGAAGCGACAACGACAUGUAAAGAGGAUGGUGAGACAAAACCGAAGCCAGUCAAAAAAAGAGAUAACAAACGUGAGGAAUUUUUGGAUUAUGUUGAGAAACUUGUUCAAAGCACCAAUAACGAGGAAAUUGUAAUGAAUAAGAGGGUCUCAGAAAAAAGAGAUAGUGACACAUAUGUGUUUGUAGAAAAAGAUGAAAAUUCCGUCGCGAAUACCGCCGCAAUAUUAUCUAAACAUAUGAGGAAAGCGAAUUAUGAUAUCUGUAAAAACAAUCAAUGUGUCGCUCAAUUAUGUCUAUUAAAAACAUCUUAUCGACUGGGUGACAUUGUUAUCGGUACACUAAACUUUGCUGAAGCUGUCAUACCCACUUAUCAGGUUUCUAUAACAUUGGAGAAUAGCGAGACUGUUGAGCCAUCGAUUGCAAACCGACCACAACCACAGAUUGCGCGAGUGACACGCAAAGUACAUGGAGAACAUCAUGAAUUUUGUUUGAAUGCACAACGCAUCAGCUUUGCUAUUUCUAUACCAACAAAUUGUACUCCGGAUUUUGCCACAACUGGAGUGAAACUUCAGUGGUACUUACGGUUGGAAUUCAUCACUGGGCCAAAGGAUCAACUUCCAUUAGUGUCUCUCAACGUCGAUGAAAGGCAUCAUUACCAUCAAGCAAUCGAAGAAGUUAAUGUUGAAACCUUUGAUUGUUCUAUUCCAAUUAAAGUAUAUCCAACAUCAUAUGAGUCUGCACGGACAUUUCCUUCUCAACAUAUAUUUCGUGUAACAUAA